GAAAAUUUGCCUAUAUAAACAGAGAGCCCCCCCGUUACAACAAACGUAAGAGGGAAUCUCGACGUUGCGUAUCGUCCAGAACGUUACAACACGGCCUGGACCAUGUCGUCCUCCGGAUCAAUAAGUUUGCUGGUUUUAUUACUGCUUGUAUCGGCCGCUAUGUCACGAGGCAUCGGAUCCACGAGCGAAAACGAAUUAGGCGACGAGUCGAGCAGCAGCAUCAGCAGCAAAAGGGUGGUGACUCGUCAGGUGUCAUCAGCCUCGUUCUCCUCCUCCUCCUCGACGAAUCCCAUGGGCAUGGGUAUCGACGCGGCUGCCCAAAUGGCUGCUGCGGCCGCCGAGGCAGCCGAGAGAGCCAUCCAGAUGGGCAAGCAGGUGAUCCAGGGAAUGGCCAACGGAGCCGCCCAAGCCUCCCAAGCGGUAAGCUAAAUCUAUCCCUGGAUUCGGUUAACGGCAGCAGCUCGAUAUCUUCUCAAAGCAUCAUCGCAUCAUUCCUUCUUGUAAUACCCACGUGUACGCAGUUGGCGGCCGCCAUAAUAUAAACUUGUUAUAUUAUCUAUCGUACGUGUAGUGCUUUAUACCCUCUUACUUCUUUAAUUGUUAAUGCAUCGUAAAUAUUAGCAUGAAAGAGAAAAUAAAAAAAUGUUACUUUCACAUAAAAA